GACCUCAGGACUACAACUCAACAUCCACCUAAAGAACUACAACCCCCAAGGGCUGUGAACGCCUCAACCCCUCCUCUACAGGACCUCAGGACUACAACUCAACCCCCCCCCAGGGUUCCGAGUGGAGCAGCCAUGAGCGCAGCAGCAGAGACCCAGGUGAAGUGUGUGCUGGUGGGGGACAGCGCCGUUGGGAAGACGGCCCUCCUGGUGCGCUUCACCUCGGAGACCUUCCCUGACUGCUACAAACCCACCGUGUACGAGAACACUGGAGUAGAAGUCUUCAUGGACGGGGUACAGGUAGGAAUAAUACGCUUUACAUACUGGUAGUGGUUUUUACAUCAUUUAACUAUCACAAUAAUAACUUUUACACAGUUCAUUUACUAUCACAAUACUCCAACUUUAACUCAUUUAACUAUCACAAUAAUACACUUUUACAUCAUUUAACUAUCACAAUAAUACACUUUUACAUCAUUUAACCUAUCACAAUAAGACACUUUUACAGUCAUUUAACUACCCCAUACUCCUUUACAUCAGUAACUAUCACAAUAAUACCCUUUCAUCAUUUAAAACUAUCACAAUAAUACCCUUUUAACAAUCAUUUACACAUAAUACACUUUACAUCAUUUAACUAUCACAAUAAUACCUUUACAUCAUUUAACUAUCACAUAAUACCUUUACAUCAUUUAACUAUCACAUAAUCACUUUUACAUCAUUAACUAUCACAAUAAUACACUUUACAUCAUUUAACUAUCGCAAUAGUACACUUUACAUCAUUUUACCUAUCACAAUAAUACACUUUACAUAAUUUUAACUAUCACAAUAAUACACUUUACAUCAGGGCUAUUCAGCUGGCGGCCCGCGGGCCAGAUCCGGCCUGUUUAUUCAUUUAGACUGGCCCCUUUGAUCAAUUAAUAGCAUUAAUAAAAGAUCUGCAAAAAAAUCCGACAUUCAAUGCCAAAGCACUAUGGUGGUAGUCUAUGGUGGUAGUCUAUGGUGGUAGUCUAUAGUGGUAGUCUAUGGUGGUAGUCUAUGGUGGUAGUCUAUAGUGGUAGUCUAUGGUGGUAGUCUAUGGUGGUAGUCUAUAGUGGUAGUCUAUGGUGGUAGUCUAUAUGGUAGUCUAUAGUGGUAGUCUAUAGUGGUAGUCUAUAGUGGUAGUCUAUGGUGGUAGUCUAUAGUGUGGUUUCUAGCGCCUGUGGCAUGUCGAUUCUAUUUUCUUCAUAUGAAUUUUGGCUCCAGCGUUUUGAACGGUUUUAAAGAUAGAAAAUAUUAUGACCCCAUUCCUUAAAAGCUUCAACUCUCAGGAACACGUUUCCCUCUGUGAUGCUCACAAGGACUGGUUAGAGAGUGGGAUUAAACCACCUAGUGGCUGAGGGAAAUGAAUUCAAAGCAUGUUUCUUUCAGGCUGGAAUUUGGCAGUACCUGAUUUGAGAUAUCUUUGUGUUUAUUUAUUUGAAAUGCUUGCAGCGGUCUGAGGCACUGCAUCGCUACAGCCUGGUGUGUCACAACCGGCUGUGACCGGGAGUCCCGGAGCGCGGCGGAAAAUUGGCCCAGCGUCGUCCGGGUUAGGGGAGGGUUUGGGCGGGGGGGGGGGCUUUACUUGGCUCAUCGCGCUUUAGCGACUCCUUGUGGCGGGCCGGGCGCCUGCAGGCUGACUUCGGUCGGGUCGUCAGUUGAACGGUGUUUCCUCCGACACAUUGGUGCAGCUGGCUUCCGGGUUAAGCGAGCGGUUGUUAAGAAGUGCGGCUCGGCGGGUCAUGUUUCGGAGGGCGCAUGACUCGACCUUCGCCUCUCCCGAGCCUGUUGGGGAGUUGCAGCGAUGAGACAAGAUCGUAAUCACGAAAAAGGGGGUAAAAAAUCACAAGAAAUAAAGUAAAUAAUGGUGAGCGAGCGCCUUUUCAAUGACGAUCACAUGUUUUGGUUGCACCUCAACUCACGUUUGUUGAGCACCCUCCAUUUCUUUCCUAAUUCAUUACUUUUAGCAACAUUUAAUUAGAAGAAAAGUGCUUCAUUGGUGUGUAUUGUUUAUUUUUAUUUUUUUACAGUUCUUCUGAAGAAUAAUCGCAUGUGGAAAAUAUUAGGCCCCCCUGCAAUUAACCUUUUGUACAUCUGUCACCCAUAAGAAUAUAGUUGAAUAGAGCUGCUUUACAUCAUUUAACUAUCACAAUAGUACACUUUACAUCAUUUAACUAUCACAAUAGUACACUUUACAUCAUUUAACUAUCACAAUAAUACACUUUACAUCAUUUAACUAUCACAAUAAUACACUUUACAUCAUUUAACUAUCACAAUAAUACACUUUACAUCAUUUAACUAUCACAAUAAUACACUUCACAUCAUUUAACUAUCACAAUAAUACACUUUACAUCAUUGAACUAUCGCAAUACUACACAUGACAUAAUUGUAACUAUUGCAAUAAUACACUUUACAUCAUUUAACUAUCAGAAAAAUACACUACAUAAUUUUAACUAUCGCAAGAAUACACUUUACAUCAUUGAAUUAUCACAAUAAUACACAUGACAUCAUUUAACUGUCACAAUACAUGAACACGGUAGUUUCAACAUCACAACCCACUGGAGAGGCCUGAAGGUCACCUGAUCAGGAAUGUCCCUCACUCAUCCUUCAUGACCUUUACACUAGAUUGGAAUGAGUCUGUUUGUGGUGUAUGCUUUCUAAUGCUUUAUUAAAGUACAUCUCAACAUCACAAGUAUUUAAAACAUUACAAACAAGAUUUCGAAUAAGUUGAAAAAGACAGAAUUCAAAUAAUUGAUUAAUUAAAACUAAAAGGACAAUGUAAUUUCUUUGUUUUCUCUCCAGAUCAGCCUUGGUCUGUGGGACACGGCAGGAAAUGACACGUUCAGACAGAUCCGUCCGAUGUCCUAUCAGCAGGCUGAUGUGGUCCUGAUCUGCUACUCCGUGGCCAACCCCGCCUCCCUGGCCAACGUCAAGAACAAGUGGCUGGGAGAGGUACAGGACCACCUUUUUAUGCUAAUUUAAAUAGCUUCUUCUGUGUGUUUACUGGAUAGAGAGAGCUGAAAGGUAGGAGAGAGAGAGCUGAAAGGUAGGAGAGAGAGAGCUGAAAGGUAGGAGAGAGAGAGCUGAAAGGUAGGAAGAGAGAGCUGAAAGGUAGGAGAGAGAGCUGAAAGGUAGGAGAGAGAGAGCUGAAAGGUAGGAGAGAGAGAGCUGAAAGGUAGGAGAGAGAGAGCUGAAAGGUAGGAGAGAGAGCUGAAAGGUAGGAGAGAGAGAAGCUGAAAGGUAGGAGAGAGAGCUGAAGGUAGAAGAGAGAGACUGAAGGUAGGGGAGAGAGCUGAAAGGUAGGAGAGAGAGCUGAAAGUAGAGAGAGAGAGCUGAAAGGUAGGAGAGAGAGAUGCUGAAAGGUAGGAGAGAGAGAGCUGAAAGGUAUGAUAGAGAGAGUCUGAAAGGUAGGAGAGAGAGAGCUGAAGGUAGAAGAGAGAAGCUGAAAGGUAUGGGAGAGAGCUGAAAGGUAGGAGAGAGAGCUGAAAGGUAGGAGAGAAGAGCUGAAAGGUUGGAGAGAAGAGCUGAAAGGUAGGAAGAGAGAGAGCUGAAAGGUAUGAAGAGAGAGCUGAAAGUAGAAGAGAGAGCUGAAAGUAGGAGAUAGAGAGCUGAAAGGUAGAAGAGAGAGCUGAAAGGUAGGGAGAGAGACUGAAAGGUAGGAGAGAGAGAGCUGAAAGGUAGAGAGAGAGAGCUGAAAGGUAGAGAGAGAGAGCUGAAAGGUAGGAGAGAGAGAGCUGAAAGGUAGGAGAGAGAGAGCUGAAAGGUAGGAGAGAGAGAGCUGAAAGGUAGGAGAGAGAGAGCUGAAAGGUAGGAGAGAGAGGAAGUAGAGAGAGGAGCUGAAGGUAGGAGGAGAGCUGAAGGUAGGAGAGAGAGGCUGAAAGGUAGGAGAGGAAGCUGAAAGGUAGGAGAGGAGAGGGAGCUGAAAGAGCAGGGACAGAUUCCAACCCGUGCUGGCAGCGGAACAUAGAACGCGCUCUCCAGAGACAGCGGCUUCGACCGCUAGACCACCAACCUUUUAUAUUCUUACAGACGUGAAACAUCAUAGAGACGAUUCAGGAAGGUAACUGAAGUUCCCAUUCCAUUUUUUCUUUUCUCACUGUGAGAAGAAGUGAGAGAGAUUUGGAAUUAGAAUUUCAGUUUACUUGACUGAAUUUAAACUGAAUUGAGCCCAACUCUGGCUUCAUAUUGCGUAUCAAUACAUGUUUAAAAACUUUUUUACUAUAACAAAAUGGUUUUUAAAAACAUUUGAAUCUCAUUCUAGGUGCGUGAGAACCUCCCUCGGGUCCCAGUGCUGGUGGUGGCCACCCAGACAGACCAGCGCGAUACCGGGUCGCACCGCGUAUCCUGCUUCUCCGCCGCCGAGGGAAAACGCCUCGCCCAGGACGUACGGGCCAAGGGAUACCUGGAGUGCUCGUCGCUAAGCAACCGCGGCGUGCAACAAGUGUUUGAGUGUGCGGUGCGGACAGCGGUGAACCAGGCCAGGAAACGGACGCGCCCACGGAUGUUUGAUAUCAACAGCUGCACGGUGUUUUGA